UGUUCUUCCUCUGCAGGCUGACCAGCUGAUGUUUGCCAUGCACUUUGUCAGAGGGAUGCACCCAGACCUCUUCCAAGAGAAUGAGUGGGACGCCUUCACUGGCCUCGUAGUAGGGGAUAUGGUGAGAAAGGCGGAUACCCAGAAAUCUUUGCGGGAGCAGAUUCCUUCCUGGAUUGAUCAAGAGAGACUUGGAGCUGUAGCCAUGUUCAAGAGUACGUUCCCAGGCCUGUACCAGUCUCUGUGUCUGAGUGACUCGGAUCUCUGGCUCUCCUUCUCACGGAGCUCCAACUGUGAACAGGAAGUCCCGCCCUCCAUCGCCAAGAAGAUCAAACCGUUCCAGCAGGUGCUGUUGGUUAGGCAUCAGGUCCAGAUAGACACAGAGUGCCUAACGGCGCUGCUCUCGUCGGGAGGUGGAUCACGCAUUCUCCCCUGGACUGCAGUCCCCUUCUCCCCGACGUCUCCUGUGACUCCCCCUCUCCUCGGAGACGCCUUCUCUCCGACUGGGCACGGGAGCGGCUCUGAGUCCUCGCGCAUGAUCCGCCGCGUCUCCCCUUCUUCCUCUUCUGACCCAAGUCUAUCCCUCUCCUCUUGCAUCGAGCGAAGCUCGCGCAGCGAUCCUCUGAGGGCCGAGAUUCUGGGAGCCAUUCUGCCCCAUCUCCGAGGAUGA